AUGUCUCAAAUUCUUAACGGGCAACUAUCUCAACAAAAUUAUUAUUAUGAUGGACAAUUUCAACGUCCCGUUCAGCAACUUCAACAACAACUCCAACAGCAAGAUUUCAAUCAGCAACUUCAGCAUCAUGUACAAUCAAAUCUUCAACAGCAACAGACUCAAAAUUUUAGUCAACAACAGCAAAUUUAUGCACACCAACAAUUUCAACAAAUUAAUGAUCAAGGAAUUAUUGUAUUCGAUAAUUCAUUACCAUUUCAAAAAAUGACUAAUGACGGCAACAAUAACAACUUUCUUGCAUCAUCAUCAUCUUUAAUUAAUAAUGAUAAUAUCCCAAAUGAUCGCAAUUUAAAUUUAAAUGUUUCUUCAAUCAAUUAUGGAAAUAUUCACAUGAGCAACAAUGAGGACCCUUUAAUUGCGGCUAUUUCUCAUCAUAUGCUGAUGAUUAAAGAUUAUAGGAUGAAGCUUGAUCAACAUUAUUUUGAAUUAGAACAAAAUUUCAAAAGGUUAAGAUCUAGAGACAAUUAA